AUGGACGACACUCCCACAGUUGAAGUUUCCGGCACCCCUAAGCCCGACCCCCAAAACACCGCAAACAACGCUUCCAACGAGGUCGAAAUGGGCGGCACUCAGGAGACACCAAACCCUCAGUCCAAACCGACGGAGAAGUCUGAGCAAACUGCCACAGCUACGGAGGACAUCAUUCUGAUUGAUGCGCAAAAUGAACCUGAACCUCCCACUCCAGCAAAGAAGAGCGGGGGCUUCAAGUUCCUCGACUUCCUUACCGCCCCGAUUGUCGAGAUCUACGUUGGACAAGGCGAGAAGCAGACCAAAAUGACUGCUCACCAGACUCUCCUCCUGGAUUCUCCAUUCCUGUCCGAAUUUGUCGAUAAGUUAGAUUCAUCAAGUGAACGCCGCAUCGAUCUCCCAGACGAAGACGUCGAGGCCUUUGGAUGCUUCCUGCAAUUCGGAUACACGCGCGACUACACAUUUUCAGAACCAGACACACCGGCCUCAUCUGAGGAACCCGAGGGGGCGACCGAUAAGUCUGGGGAAGAAUUGCUCCGACACGCGCGCAUCUACACAUUGGCCGAGAAGCUCGGUCUACCAGCGCUGAAGAGCCUGGCCCACACCAAGAUCCACCGUGUCGACAGUACUCCUCGCGGCGAGCUGUCAUACGCCCGAUAUGUCUACACACACACCUCGCGCGAGGAUACCACUAUCCGCAGGCCUGUCGCCUCAUACUGGGCCGCUCGGGGCCAUUUGCUGCGUCAUGACGUUCAGGAGGCCUGGGAAAGCAUAUGUCUAGAGGUCCCUGAGUUCACGACCGAUGUGCUGAGAAUCCUCAUGGACUGGAAGGAGAAGGCUGGGCCCGAGCAGGCGGAGUCAACCCCAAGAGUACGGAAGCGCCUACGCGCGUGA